UCGGUGUGGACGUACUGUCGCUGCCGCCGAAGGUCCGGACUGUGUUCGAGCCCGUCGGAGCACACGUGCAGAGAUUCAGGCGAGUUGCAAUUUCAGAAGAAUAUCGUGAAACCUGUUGUUGACGUCGAGCCGUGCUGGAUUUUAAUAAAAAAUUUCUGAGGCGAUUAUUACUUUUCUCAAGUGAACUAUAAACUUUCAUUGACGCUGUCGUCGGCUCCGCCAUUGGAAACAAUGAGUCGUGUGAAGGAGACGAUUCGCAGUGUGUCGCCGCACUGCCCCAAAGCGGACGAGUCUGAGGAGCCGCUGGGCACAACCCUGGAGUCUGGAGCUUCCAAUGCUAUAGGUGUCAAAUCUGAAAACGUGAUGCCUGAAGUGGUUAUCACAAAGGAAAUGGAGGAAGAAGAGAGACAGCUGAUGAAGGAAAGUGAGAAGAAAGAGAAGGAGUUGUUGGAAAAGGCCCGGGAUUCAUUGGAAAGGGAUUCUCAUGACAUGCGGUUCAAAAGACUGCAGCAUCUGCUUCAAAAGAGCAACAUCUACUCUAAAUUCCUCCUGACUAAAAUGGAGCAACAACAGAACGAGGAGAACCUCAGGAAGGAGAAGCUGGAAAAGAAGGGCACAAAUGGUGCAGGACCUGACAAAGAUAAAAAGAGGAGGAGGGAUGACCACUACAAAAUAUCAGAUGUCAUGACAAAAGAAGAAAUCAUGUCACAGGCUAAGAAAGCAAAAGUGGAGGAAGCAGAUGAGGCACCGGCCCAGAAAAAACUAGAAGCUGACGAUAUAGAGAAGAUGAGUGAUUCAAACCAAGACAUCAAGAAUCGUCUAUCGGAGAUGGUGCGAGACAACGCCAAGCAUUUACUCCACCCUCACAGGAAGAUGAACGGACAGUUGGUCCCCAUCCAGCAACCACAGCUCUUCACCGGAGGGGUCAUGAGGUCGUACCAGAUCGAAGGCAUUGAGUGGUUGAGGAUGUUGUGGGAAAAUGGUAUUAAUGGGAUCCUGGCUGAUGAGAUGGGACUGGGAAAGACCAUCCAGUGCAUCGCUCACAUCGCCAUGAUGAUAGAAAAAAAAGUGAUGGGCCCCUUCCUGGUGGUUGCUCCUCUCUCCACUCUGCCCAACUGGAUCAAUGAAUUCAAGCGCUUUGCACCGGAGGUGUCUGUGUUGCUUUACCAUGGUCCCCAGCCAGAGAGGGCCAAAGUGCUGAAGCAGAUCGGCGUCCCUCAGGGGCCCCUCAGAAUGUGUCCUGUGGUCAUCACCUCCUUUGAGAUUUCCAUGAUUGACAGAAAAUUCCUCCAGCGCUCCCAGUGGAAGUACCUGAUAGUGGACGAAGGUCAUCGGAUCAAAAACCUCAACUGUCGGCUGGUGCAGGAGCUGAAGAUGCUUCCAACUGACAACAAGCUCCUACUGACGGGCACUCCUCUACAGAACAACCUGGCCGAGCUCUGGUCGCUCCUUAACUUCCUCCUGCCAGAGGUCUUUGAUGACCUCAAGAGCUUUGAGUCGUGGUUUGACAUCAACACCCUUGGGGAGGCCGAGAGUGUAGUGGCUGCUGAGCGUGAGAAGAACGUUCUGAGUAUGUUGCACCAGAUACUAACUCCGUUCCUACUGAGGAGGCUGAAAUCCGACGUGACGCUGGAGGUUCCUCCUAAGAAAGAGAUUGUUGUUUAUGCUCCUCUGACAGCCAAACAGGAGGCCUUCUACACAGCUGUGGUCAACAAGACCAUCGCCAAGAUGCUGGGCCAGGAGAGGACAGAGGCUCCUGUAUGCCUGAGCUCGAGUGGCAGACCAAAGCGUCGUACUAGAAAGGUGGUGAGCUACAAAGAGACGGAUGGAGACUCACCAUACGACCUGGAGAAAUAUCUGGAGAUGGUCUCCAAGGAGCUCGAGCAGAGUUCCACGUCAGUGCUGGAUGUCCAGAGCCCGCUGAAUGCUCAGAUCAACCUGAAGCUGCAGAACAUUCUCAUGCUGCUAAAGAGAUGUUGUAACCACCCGUACCUGGUGGAGUACCCCCUCGAUCCUGCCACACAGGAGUUCAUGAUUGAUGAGCAGCUGGUGCUGAGCUCUGGGAAGUUUCUCAUACUGGACAGACUGCUGCCUGCACUGAAGAAAAGGGAACACAAGGUUCUGAUCUUCAGUCAGAUGACGUCCAUCUUGGAUCUACUGAUGGAUUACUGCUAUCUGCGGGGCUUUCAGUACAGCCGACUGGAUGGCAGCAUGUCUUACUCCGACAGAGAUGAAAAUAUGACCAAGUUUUCCAAAGAUCCAGAGGUGUUCCUGUUCCUGCUGAGCACCAGAGCAGGAGGACUUGGGAUCAACCUGACAGCUGCUGAUACAGUCAUCAUCUUCGACAGCGACUGGAACCCCCAGGCAGACCUGCAGGCGCAGGACCGUUGUCACCGCAUCGGUCAAACUAAACCAGUGUUGGUUUACCGCCUGGUCACAGCCAACACCAUUGACCAGAAGAUCCUGGAGAGGGCCUCGGCCAAGAGGAAGCUGGAACAGAUGGUCAUCCACAAGAAUAAGUUCAAAGGCGGAAAGGCAGAGCUGAACCAAAGUAAGAGCUGCAUUGAUCUGGAUGAGCUGAUGGAACUGCUGAAAGCCAGAGGCACUGAGAAGGAGGUGAAAGCAUCAAGAGGGAAGGUGAUCAGUGACAAGGACCUGGAGAUUUUGUUGGAUCGCAGUGACUUGCUGGACAAAGAAAAGGGGAGUUUGAAGAAAGAGAAGGUUGGAGUCUUCAGAGUUAUCGAUGUCAAAGAGUCGUCAGAAAUCACACUGACCUGAGAACACACAGUAUUCAGAUAUGACCUUCUGACCACAUUCCAUUAGGCUCACAGCCACUGACCUUUAAAAGAAAAUAUCCUGAAACUGCUGUUUAUGUUAAAUGGUAUAUUGUUCUUCUUGUCUCACGUUCAUUGGCUUGAUAGAACUGUUGUGUUGAACAUAGUCAAAGAUUUGACUUUGAGCUUUUGAACAUUUUAAUGCCAAAAGAUUGAGAUGAUGUCUUCUUUUUGACCUUCAGUCAAACUGUCCUCUGACUGUUUAUCAAGACAAUGCUGUAGUGACAUGAUUCAACCAUUCAUCUGUAUUAUCGUUAACAAUGCUGUAAUCUAAGUGCUUUCAUUCUGUCCUGUCUUUUUAUAUAAAUAAACUAUGAUUUGAUAA